UGGUUGACUCCUUUCCGCAGACACUUCUCGCGAGGCUGCAGGCAGGGCCGGGCCCGACAUGGCGGAAGAGGAGGUGGCCAAGUUGGAGAAGCAUUUGAUGCUUCUUCGGCAAGAGUAUGUCAAACUGCAGAAGAAACUGGCAGAGACGGAGAAAAGAUGCACGCUUUUGGCUGCACAGGCAAACAAGGAUAGUAGCAGUGAGUCCUUCAUCAGCCGCUUGCUGGCAAUAGUGGCAGGUCUCUAUGAGCAGGAGCAGUACAGUGAUUUGAAGAUUAAGGUUGGCGACAGGCACAUCAGUGCUCACAAGUUUGUCCUGGCCGCCCGCAGUGAUAGCUGGAGUUUGGCCAACUUGUCUUCCACGGAGGAGCUAGACUUGUCAGAUGCGAAUCCUGAGGUGGCAGUGACCAUGCUUCGCUGGAUCUAUACCGAUGAGUUAGAGUUCAGAGAGGAUGAUGUGUUCCUGACUGAGUUGAUGAAACUGGCCAAUCGCUUUCAGCUCCAGCUCCUUAGGGAGAGAUGUGAGAAGGGUGUUAUGUCUCUGGUGAAUGUUAGAAACUGUAUUCGCUUCUAUCAAACUGCAGAGGAAUUAAAUGCCAGCACACUAAUGAACUACUGUGCAGAAAUUAUUGCAAGUCACUGGGAUGACUUGCGAAAGGAGGACUUCAGUAGCCUGAGUGCUCAGUUGUUAUACAAAAUGAUCAAAUCCAAGACAGAGUACCCAUUACAUAAAGCUAUCAAAGUGGAGAGAGAAGAUGUGGUCUUCCUCUAUCUGAUUGAAAUGGAUUCCCAGCUCCCUGGAAAGCUGAACGAAAUGGAUCAUAAUGGAGAUCUUGCAUUAGAUCUGGCUCUUUCGCGGCGACUAGAGAGUAUUGCCACCACUCUGGUUAGUCAUAAAGCUGAUGUGGACAUGGUAGACAAGAAUGGCUGGAGCUUGUUACAUAAAGGAAUCCAAAGAGGAGAUCUCUUUGCUUCUAUAUUCCUCAUUAAGAAUGGGGCCCUUGUCAAUGCUGCCACAUUGGGGGCCCAGGAGACCCCAUUGCACCUUGUAGCAUUGUAUAGUUCAAAGAAAUACUCAGCAGAUGUGAUGUCUGAAAUGGCGCAGAUUGCGGAGGCCCUCCUGCAGGCUGGUGCCAACCCCAACAUGCAGGAUAGCAAGGGCAGGACCCCUUUACACUUGUCCAUCGUGGCCAGGAACGACUAUGUGUUCAGUCAGCUGCUGCAGUGUAAACAGUUAGAUUUAGAGCUGAAGGAUCACGAGGGCAGCACUGCACUCUGGCUUGCCGUCCAGUACAUCACUGUGUCUUCUGACCAGUCUGUAAAUCCCUUUGAAGACCUCCCUGUGCUGAAUGGAACAUCGUUUGAUGAAAACAGCUUCGCAGCCAGGCUCAUUCAACGCGGCAGCAACACUGACGCUCCUGAUGCGAUGACGGGAAAUUGUUUACUACAGCGGGCAGCCGGGGCAGGAAAUGAGGCUGCGGCUCUUUUCCUGGCAACCAGUGGUGCCCAUGCCAACCACAGGAACAAAUGGGGAGAAACUCCUUUGCAUACAGCUUGUCGGCAUGGCCUGGCGAACCUCACAGCAGAACUCCUGCAGCAAGGUGCGAAUCCAAACCUGCAGACAGAGGAGGCUCUGCCUGUGUCUAAAGAGACUCCAGUCCCAGUGGGUUCUGCAGAUGGCAUCUACCUGCAGACACCGCUGCACAUGGCAAUUGCCUAUAACCAUCCAGAUGUGGUGUCUGUCAUCCUGGAGCAGAAAGCCAAUGCUCUUCAUGCCACCAACAACUUACAAAUUAUUCCGGACUUCAGCCUCAAGGACUCCAGAGACCAAACUGUGCUAGGCCUGGCGUUAUGGACUGGCAUGCACACAAUCGCUGCCCAGCUUCUGGGUUCCGGAGCAUCUAUCAAUGACACCAUGUCAGAUGGGCAGACUUUGCUGCACAUGGCUAUACGGCGGCAGGACAGCAAGAGUGCACUCUUCCUCCUGGAGCACCAAGCCGAUAUAAAUGUCAGGACUCAGGAUGGGGAGACUGCCCUUCAGCUGGCUAUCAAAAAUCAGCUUCCACUAGUAGUUGAUGCCAUAUGUACCCGAGGAGCUGACAUGUCUGUGCCAGAUGAAAAAGGGAACCCACCACUGUGGCUUGCCUUGGCAAGUAAUCUGGAGGACAUCGCUUCCACUCUGGUGAGACAUGGUUGUGAUGCCACAUGCUGGGGCCCAGGACCCAGUGGGUGUCUUCAGACACUUCUGCACAGAGCCAUUGAUGAAAACAAUGAGUCCACUGCCUGCUUUCUUAUUCGCAGUGGCUGUGAUGUGAACAGUCCCAGACAACCAGGUACUGAUGGAGAAGGAGAGGAAGAGGCAAGAGAUGGGCAGACCCCUCUGCAUUUGGCAGCUUCAUGGGGACUAGAAGAGACAGUUCAAUGUCUUUUGGAAUUUGGUGCCAAUGUCAAUGCACAGGAUGCAGAAGGAAGAACACCUGUCCAUGUGGCUAUCAGCAACCAGCAUAGCGUCAUCAUUCAGCUGUUGAUUUCUCACCCUAACAUUGAGCUGAGUGUACGAGACAGACAAGGGCUGACCCCUUUUGCCUGUGCCAUGACUUACAAGAACAAUAAGGCAGCCGAAGCCAUUCUAAAACGAGAGUCUGGGGCUGCCGAGCAGGUAGAUAAUAAAGGUCGGAAUUUUCUUCAUGUGGCAGUUCAGAACUCUGACAUCGAAAGUGUCUUAUUCCUGAUCAGUGUCCAGGCCAAUGUGAAUUCCAGAGUCCAGGAUGCUUCCAAGUUGACCCCUCUGCACCUUGCUGUUCAAGCAGGCUCAGAGAUCAUUGUCCGAAAUCUGCUUCUUGCAGGAGCCAAGGUGAAUGAAUUAACCAAGCAUCGCCAGACCGCCCUCCAUCUUGCUGCCCAGCAGGACCUGCCCACCAUCUGCUCAGUCCUCCUAGAGAAUGGAGUGGACUUUGCUGCUGUGGAUGAGAAUGGAAAUAAUGCUCUUCAUCUUGCGGUCAUGCAUGGUCGGCUGAACAACAUCCGAGCUCUUCUGACAGAGUGCACAGUGGAUGCUGAAGCCUUUAAUCUGAGAGGCCAAUCACCACUACACAUUCUGGGACAAUAUGGCAAAGAAAAUGCAGCAGCCAUCUUUGAUCUCUUCUUAGAGUGCAUGCCUGAGUAUCCUCUGGACAAACCAGAUGCAGAAGGCAACACAGUGCUGCUCUUAGCAUACAUGAAAGGGAAUGCCAACUUGUGCCGUGCCAUCGUUCGAUCUGGGGCUCGCCUUGGGGUGAAUAAUAACCAAGGAGUCAACAUUUUCAAUUACCAAGUUGCCACUAAGCAGCUUCUGUUUAGGUUAUUAGAUAUGCUCUCCAAGGAGCCUCCAUGGUGUGACGGCUCCAACUGCUAUGAGUGCACUGCCAAGUUUGGAGUCACAACUCGAAAACAUCACUGUCGUCACUGCGGCCGUCUUCUUUGCCAUAAAUGCUCAACCAAGGAGAUUCCAAUUAUAAAGUUUGACCUGAACAAGCCUGUGCGGGUUUGCAACAUUUGCUUUGAUGUACUGACUCUGGGUGGAGUCUCUUAGUGAGCCCCCAGGAGGAUCCAGGUCUGCAUCCCCUGGCUCCUCCCCAGCAGCUGCUCUACUCACCAGCCUGCUUCCUACCCAGAGCAAGAGCUGACAGUUGUCUUCCUGUGGCAGAAGACUGGAACAAUUACAGACCAUGAUGUGAUCCCAUUUCAGAUGAUUCUGUAUGACUGUGUCAGACUGUGGUCUCUUGCACUAGAUGUCUCACUGGUUGGACCAGGCCAGUGUAGCCUGCGUGGCAAAUGUGAUAGGAAUCAGCUAGCAGCACACAAGGACACUUGAGACAAUUUUCCCUUCUGGUAGUAUAGCGCCCACCUCAGAGAAUCCACAAAGUCUUCCUGCCUGGGCUGACUUAGAGGCAGAGCCUGACAGAGUAGAGAGCAACUGCUAGAUGAGAGCUGAUUACUCUAGGGUGGUGGCUACUCUAAGUAGCUAUGGCCUCUAAUGCACAGUGUUUUCAUAAAGAUAACAGGAACCUCUUGCCCUCAAGUCUUUUCUUUCUUUUUUAAGCUAAGCUGUAUUUUUUAGUGAGCUGCCCCUUUUAAAAAGGUGAAAUCUUUCUAAACAGGGUUGAAAGAUGAGAGCUGAAAAUUGUGGCCUUAACAACCAAAAGCUUUACCAAUGUUGAUACUGCUGGGUGUCAGAGUGUAGUGGCAGCUUGACACCUAGCAGCUGUCGCAUUCUCUCGUCUCGCUGCGUCCUGUCUGUGGAGUUCUCAGUCACUGCCACUUGAAUGGUAGAAGAAAUGCACUUUGGCUGUGCUGCACUUUUUGUAAAGCUGCAUCAUUGAUAAAUCCAAUUCACAAAUCCAUGUUUAGAAAUCCUUUCACAUACCCUCCUAUCAGUGGUUCUGAUGGCCAGCCUGGACUGAACCUCAGCACACACUAAUCAUAAAGGGAAAACUGCCAAUGAAGGAAGAAAUUUAUAUUGAUGAGAAAGAUGAGUAUGACGUCAGUCCAAGUGCUCUCUCCCUGACACAGCCUUCCAAAGCUAAAACCUUGCCUUGCAUGCUGCGUGCAGUUGGUGCCAGUUGUGAGUAGUGCCCUGUCCCAUCAGAGCCAGCAACCAAAGGCCCUGGCCAAACUCUGAACAGACUGUUUUGGAAGUCUGCCUGAAAUGUGGAGCAAGGCUCUGAAGCACAGGGCAUUGAUUCAUACUGCUGCCUGUACUAACCCUGGGAUGCUGGGCCUCUUUCUUUUUAAAGUUUGACCAGUGUUUUGGGUACUUCUGUUUUGGAAUUUUAAUUUUUUUAAUUUUAUUUUAUUGCACACUGAAAGAUAAACUUUUACCACUUAUUAUUUUUUUAAAGAAAUGAAAACACCACUGCUCCAAGAUGAAUACUAUCCAGUUACUCUUAGAGAUUAACAAUGUCAAUUACACACACUGAUUUUUUUUUUUUUGGAGACAUUUGAUAACCCUACAUUAUUUGCAUUAAUGAAGUACAGAUGUAUAAAUAAAAGGGACUUUUGGCAUCACUUUCUUGGAUAGUGGUAUGUCCUCUGUGCAGUUAGACUUUUUACUGCCUAUAUAUGUAUAAAAUGUACUGAUAAACCAGUGUGCUACUUUCUAAAAAUACUUGUGUGAUUUCUAUGUUAAUAAUAGCUUAUAUACAGGGUUUGAAAGAAGAGUUACUUAGAGGAGUACCACUGUCCUGCAGCCUGUGACUUACUUUAUAGGGAAUUUUUAUGGAACUAUUUAGCCAGUCUUGGCUAACAACUAUAUGAAGCAUGUGGUCAGUUUCCAAUUUUUGGUGCCUAAAAGGGGCCACAGAGACCUAGAAUUUAGUUGGUGCCAUUAUUCUUUAGUGAGGAAGGUAGUUGUGGUUCUGCUGUGAACUAGAUGGUCGGUACACAUACACUUGGGUUUUCAUGUUCACAGAAGAGGGGAAAAUAGGGAAUCGUUAUGAAGCUCAUCAUUUUGUCCUUGCCCCACAACACCAGUUUCCAUAACAGUCUUCCUAUAACUGUACUUAUAAUCUAAAAAUCAUGCCUAAAAGUGUGGGUUCAAACUUCUAUUCCUUUAGAGGUCAGCGUAGUGACCAGCUAUGGCUGAAAGGGGCUAUGUGACUUGGGCAUCAGUACCAAUGCUGUAGACAUGACUCACGCAUCCUUCCACAGCCCGACCAUGCACUGACUCCUGCUGUACACUGCCUUAGCCAGGAACACACUUACUGUGUAUCUCUCUGUGCUCUCUCCAUGCUGACCAGACUGCACCAUGAAACUGCUUAGCUGUUCUUGAGAACUAGAAGCAAAACUUCAUUUUAUUCAUUCAAAAAGUUGCCAGUUGUGAAUGAGCAAAGCAGGAAGAAUAAACUUACUGAAAUAAUUGCUGCAUCAGUUAGCACUGCUGUGCUUACUAGCUUUUUAACUGCCUCUUGUUCAUCACUAGUCUUACUGUACAGUGUAUCAAUCAAGGUUUUUUUGUUUUUUUAAAGACAAGUACAAACGAUGUGCUUAAACUAGUUUGCUAUGAUCCUCUAACAUAGUGAUGUUCCACAAGCUUAAGUGCCUACACUGAGGACUCUGUUGUUUCCAGUUGUCUUUUCAUUGGUGUCUCACUCAGUGAUGUUAGAACACGAGUUUUGGGCCUAUUCCACCCCAAUAACCAGUCAAGGCUCCAUUCACCUGCCAUAUUCUCUCCAAGGAUUGUGGUCAACAUGAUGUUUUUAUCCUCUACCUCAGAGUCCUGAGCCCGUCAGCUUCCCACCUUUCCUUGAAUGGGUCUUUCAGGGAACUGGGUGUGUGGUCUCUGCCCCUCAUACUGAACUGUUCCAGCACUGGUCUUUUUCGCAGACAAGGCGGGUGGGUGGGGGGUAGCAGGGCAAAGCCUCCAUUUAGGAUCCCUUACCUGGAGAAAAGAACUGAGCUGAACUGCCAAAUACUUAGGCCUGAGAGACAGCAACCACAUCAUACACAAGUAAGUGUAUGCCUCCUCACUGACACCGUCUUCCUUCAGGACCAUCCCCCUAGAACCACCUGAAGCUUCAGAGCACCACUGCCAGCCCAACAGAGGAAGCAGUUCAACACAGGCCUCUGAGCCAUGCUCACUUUACAGAACUGAUCUAGUGAAAAACCUGAGUGUGUGAUUGGUUAUCUAAAUAUUUAAAUUCCCAGACGUCAUAGAUGCCUUAAAGACUCUCUGGAGGAUCACUGGCAUAAAUAUUAAUUAACUGUUAAAACUGACAACAUUGGUUUGCUUUAGCGAGAAGUCUGGGACUGCUGGACUUACUGACUUGCCUGUUUGGCAGCUGUGUGGAGCUGUGUGUUCCAUGACAUCCUUGUGGUACCAAGACAAGGCAGCAUCUGGACCUUUUAAAACUGCAGGCACAUGUUUGGAUAAUCACUUUGGCUUCCAAACCACCCUGGUGGAGAUCAGUAUGGGAAUAACAGCAUCAUCUGGGACCAUGGCGCUUAGCAGCAUUGUUUCUUUGGAGUCUGUGUAAUGGGAUGUAUUUUUCAAAUAUUGAUAUUUUCAUUUUCUGUAAUAAUUCCUUACAAUAAAAAUAAGGUAAAACUGUGAA